AUUCAGUGGAGCUUACGCAGAGAAACGAAUCAAGAUGGUUGCCUCUAAGAAGUCGAAGAAGUCCUCGGACAACAUCAACUCGCGCCUGCAGCUGGUGAUGCGCUCCGGUAAGGUCGCUCUGGGAUACAAGCAGACCCUCAAGAACCUGCGCAGCGGCAAGGCCAAGCUCGUGAUCAUGGCCUCGAACACGCCUCCGCUCCGCAAGUCGGAGGUCGAGUACUACUCGAUGCUUGCCAAGACUGGCGUGCACCACUUCUCGGGCACCAACAACGACCUCGGUACGGCUUGUGGCAAGUACUUCCGCGUGUCGUGCAUGUGCAUCCUUGACGCCGGUGACUCGGACAUUCUGCGUUCCAUGCCCUCGGAGAACUAGGUGCUUUUCGCCUAGUACGAGGACAUAAGCUGACGUAGAAUGUAAUUCUUUUGAGGCUCCACGUAUUGUUUUCUUGUUUUUAAGUUUUUACAUCACAUAUCGUUGCAAGUGGGGACCGUGAUAAGCCUCUGUGACCACAUCAAAGUCGAGAGGAAAAUAGCUCUCAAGUGUCACAGUUUUCUCGCUGUUGCAAUCGGAAGAGUCGAUGACACGGUAGUAGGUACAGUCGCGGCCUUCAUUGCUAUGGUAGGGCGGCGUGAUAAUGUCGAGGAAGGCACAUCCAAUAUCGUCGUCGCCGACGAGCUCGUGUAGGUUGCUGUGGUCUGGAAGCAACUCCGUCGUGUACGGAGCUGUGAUGGUUUUGUCUACACGAAGACGCGCCUUGUGCUUCUUACCGCUCGCUGCGGCGCCGUCCUUGAUGAGAUCGUA